AUGGCACUUGAAAAUCCAGACAAUCCGUUAAAUAUACCAGCUGAUGAGCCGUUACCAGGUUAUUCCAAGCCUGUACCAUUCGUGCUUACUGGCGAUGAAGCAUUUCCUUUAUCAGAGCAUAUGUUAAAACCUUAUCCCAACAGGAACCUUUCUGUUGAACAAAGAGUAGCUAAUAAAAGAAUAUCUAGAGGAAGAAGAAUAUCUGAAAAUCUUUUGGGGAUCCUUGUGAAUAGGUGGAGAUGUUUUAAAGUUCCUUUCUUACUCCGUCCUUCCAGAGUCAAGAUAAUAACAUUGGCUGCUUUGAGUCUGCACAACUGGUUAAGAGCUGAUGCAAGUUCCAGAAAUGUGCAUUGUCCUCCAACCUUGAUUGACAGAGAGGACCCUAAUACCGGUGAAAUUAUCCCAGGUUCAUGGAGAGACAACAGUGAAAGGCAGUCAUUUUUGGACCUCUAUCCCUCAACAACUAAGAAUAAAUUACUCAAAUGA